AUGCGUCGUUCUUCGAGUGCGAAGAAAGACUUGCCAAAAAGUUCCAAAAGUCACUCGAAUUGGGGGGAGCCUGGAUACAAUCGGCCCGGCCUUAUAAGGCGCGGGGUACAAACAUGUAUAUACAGAGAAUCCAUCCAGUCCCCUCCCAAUGUCCGUUCGUUCGUUCGUUCGGUGGCGGUGCCGGCGCUAGGCGCCGGGCAGCCGUUACCUAACAAUAUCGAAGUCUCUCCUGGGAACACCAAUCCCAAGUGCAAGUUCAGCGCACGACUAUUUGUAGAUGACGAACUAGUCUGCGAUCUACCGUGGAUUGAUCACACACGACCACUUCGAUGGUCUGGGCUACUGCCAUGCAACGUCACUCCUCAAUCCGAGCUCCUCCUGAAACUAUGUAGAAGUGUCAAAGACAGUCCGCGAUAUUUUAUCUUCCCAUCAUUUUCACCCUCUGGAGUGAACGAAGAGACCGGCGAGUCAAUUCUGGAUAUUCGCGAUGCUGUGUGGGCUGUUAACGUUAAGUCCUUGACCCCGGCGAUGGCCGAGCGAUUUUGGCUGGAGGGGCUAAAUGAUGUCAGUGCGAUACAAGGAAUAUACAGUACCGCAGAUCCAGAAAACACUAUAAAAUAUGAGUUCAAGUGUGUUUUACAGUUUAUAAAUCUUGUGGUAGAGACUAUCCCCGAGUACAACAAUGCAAAGGUCUCUUUUCUGAUCUGCAUGAAGACCUGGGAGCUACUGGAUCAGCAAAUCCAACUCGAUCACACUAUCAAGGGCAUCUUGCACGGAUUAUAUCACAUCAAGGAUAUCGUAGACACAGUAUCUCGAACUGCUGGCUCGGCACUGGAAAUCACGAUGAACACGUCCAAGGAGCAUAUUGAUAGCAUUCUGACAUUGCUGGAGGAUAUAUCGCUUUUUAUUUUCAGUCGGCUUGCCGUAAACGAUUUCAAACAUGCCUCCGUCAAUGAGGAGGAUCAUGAUGAUGUUUACAGUCUCGAAUUUUACUUGGAUCGACUCAAGGAGUCACAAACUGCAUUCCAUAAAUCAUGGAUACCCGUACAGUGUUCAGACGAAGAUACUAACAAUCAAGCGCAUUACGAACAACCCGAAGUAUCGGAUGAGGCCAUUCACACUACACAUAGCUCAGAAACAAAUACACCAGAUCCCUACGAAAUCCUCAGUCUCCUCAGACCCACAGAUCCUAGCGGCUACGACCCGGACCAAGCAUGCCUUGACGGCACGCGCGAAGGCAUCCUUGACGCCCUAAUCGAAUGGACGCAAACCCGUCACACAUCCCAAAGCCUCAUGUGGAUCUCCGGACAAGUUGGUAUGGGCAAAACAGCUAUUGCGACAUCACUCUGCCAGCGUCUACAUGACACCCAAACGCUUGCCGGCAGUUUCUUCUGCCGGCUUGACGAUCCCGAUUCAAGUAAUCCGCUCCAGCUAUUUAACAACCUGAUUUAUUCAAUCGCCAAUCGCUUCUCGCCAUAUGCUCAGGAACUGGCAAAGGCGAUCCGUGCGGAUCGUGGACUGUGUACUUCUCACUUAGGUAUAAGAUAUGAACAUCUGAUCAAGAGGCCGCUCCAGAGGCUUAGCUCGCUAUCCACUUCCGCACCACUCGUGGUGGUAAUCGACGGACUUGACCAAUGUGGUAGCCAUAACAAUUCCCAAAGAAUACUCAAGAAACUUGAUGAGAUGUCUCAAAUGGUGUCAUGGCUCAAGGUCAUAGUAACAGCUCGGCCGGUGGGCCCCAUCCAAGAGUACUUCGAGAACAGCUGUCCCCAGAAGCGUGUCGUGCGCCUGCAAGACUACGAUGCGUCCCCCGACAUCCGCACAUAUAUCGAGGACGGGCUCGGAUCAGUCGCUCGACAGGAACGCUGGCCAGAAAACAGCAUUGAUAAACUUUGCAAUAUGUCUUGCGGGGUAUUUCUUUGGGCGUCAAAGGCAAUAGAGUACAUCAAAAGCCCGAUCCUAGCUUCGUUUCCCCGCCUGAAAAAAAUCUUGAAUAACCAAAAAUCACCGAUGAUGGAUCACUUGGACACUGUGUACGCAGGAGCCCUGAGCGCGGCAAUUGGUAGCGAUGAAGACGAGGUCAAAGAGGCGUUUCUUCGUUGCGUCGGUGCUAUUAUCGCUAUCUCAGAGCACAAACCGCUUGCGAUGCCGGACUUGCAGUACCUGAUGAUAGUUGCUGGAAGCAUUGAUCUACUUACACUUGAGCGAAUAGUCAAGAGCCUUGGACCUUUGCUUCACACGAAAGACGGCAAUCGUAUUCGAUUCUACCAUCCGUCCUUCAAGGACUUCAUAACCACUCCUUCCCGUUCCGGCCCCUUUUGUAUUCAGCUCAGUCAGUACGACGCCGAGCCAACGGUAUGCUGUCUUCGGAUUAUGCACCGUGAUCUUCGAUUCAACAUAUGUGGUCUUGAAACCUCACACCUGCUCAAUAGCGAAGUACCCGACUUGCAAGAUCGAAUCGAGGCUUACAUCGGUCCCGCACUGAAGUAUGCAUGCACGCACUGGAUCGACCACUUCAUAGCAUCAUCGGAUGAGAGGGCAUUAAAUGAGAUUAAGAAGCUGUUGGAGGGACCCCAGAUGAUGUAUUGGAUCGAGGCCAUGAGUUUACUUGGCUGUGUGAAUGAAGCAAUAGCAGGGUGCUCUAAAUUGAUGUCACUCGAAUUGGCUCGAUUCAAUACCUAUCGCCAGGUUGUCCUUUGGAUCCGAGACAUCCAUCGCUUCCUCCUCUCGUUCUAUGAUGCAAUAUCCACAAGCACACCCCAUAUAUAUGUCUCUGCUCUAGCCUUUGCUCCCAGCGGAUCCCUCACAGCUCAAAGAAUGCGACCCCACUUCCCCAAUACCCUCUCAGUCAGCCAGACUAAAGACUCACCGUGGCAUCCGUGUGUCAGGUCGACCUUUUAUCAACAACCAGUGCAGUGCCUUUCCAUCUCUCCAGACGGAAGCAUGGCUAUUACCGGCCACCCUGACGGUUCCUUACAUAUGCGAGAUGCGCUGGUUGGCACUCCUAUCGGCAGUCCAUUGGUUGGUCAUACAAGCCCAGUAACAUGUGUCGCGCACUCUCCUAGCAGCCAUCUCGCGGCAUCCGGCUCUCACGACGCGACGGUGCGAAUCUGGGACCUCAAAGACCAAAACAGGGUCGAAAGUCAUGCGCUAACAGGUCAUUCUGGCUCGGUCAACUCGGUUUCAUUCUGCUGCAGCAUCAACGUACUCGCAUCUGGAUCCUCGGACAGAACCAUUCGACUGUGGGACACAAAUCGCAUGCGUCAGAUAGGCGAACCAUAUACCGGGCAUUCGGGUAGCGUGACCUCCAUCGUGUUCUCUCCCAAUGGGAAUAAGCUGGUGUCAGGCUCGUCGGACAGGACAAUACAAGUCUGGUCCGUAGACAUUGUCGAUCAAAAGCUGUGUGUAAACCCGCUAGUAAUCACCGGACACUCAGACUCGAUCACGUGCGUUUCGGUGUCUCCUGACGGGACAAAGAUUGCGUCUGGUUCGAUCGAUAAGACUGUGCGACUGUGGAACACCCUUGACGGCAAGGAUAUAGGAUACGCUAGGCCCCGGGUUAAACACCAUGCGAGCAUCAGUUGCAUCCGUUUCUCACCAUGCAGCAAACGUAUUGUAUCAAGUUCUUUGGAUGGGGUAAUCCAGCUACAUGACGCCGAGUCGAUGAGCCCAAUGGCCAACACAUGUCAGCAUGCAAACUCUGUGAAUGCGGUCGGGUUCUCUUCAAACGGGUUCUAUGCGAUUUCCGGGUCUAGCGAUAUGACGACGCGGAUGUGGGAGAUCGAUAGGCUGCCAAGAAACUCAAGCUGUCAUAGAGACAUGGCCGUGGGUUCGCUAGUCGGUCACACCUCAUACAUUUAUUGUAUUGCUAUCUCCAACGAUGGUACUCGCAUCGUAUCUGGUGCUUACGCACACGAAAGCGACGUACGAAUGUGGGACGCCCAGACUGGUAACUUGAUCGGCAGUCCACUCACGGGACAUUCUGCUGCUGUGUGGGGGGUCGCAAUCUCACCUGACAACACCCAUAUCCUAUCUGGAUCCGAGGACCGUACACUCAAGCUAUGGAACACUGCGACACAGACAGCUACCCAUUCCUAUCAGCACACCUCUCCAAUAUGGUGUGUAGCAUUCUCUCCCGAUGGCACUCUCAUUGCAUUUGGCUGCGAUGGUGGAGAUGUAUACGUAUUUGAAGCGGCCGGGUGGAAGGUCCCUGGUACCGCGCUGCGGCACUCCAGUUCCUCUGCGCCCUCAGUCGCGUUCUCGCCUGACGGAGCCACUCUUGCAUCCGGGCACGGCGAUGGUACCAUAGCUCUGUGGAACAUUGCAACACGUAGUCGUUCCAAGAUCUCGCUAUCUGGCCAUACAGACUGGGUACGGUCAGUUGCAUUCUCACCAUGUGGCACUCAGCUGGCUUCUGGCUCUGAUGAUCAGACGGUGCGACUGUGGAAUGUCAAAACAGGCAACAUGAUACGAGAGCUCAAGUGGCAUACCAACUGGGUAAUGAGUGUUGCCUUCUCCCACAAUGGACUUUACAUAGCAUCAGGCUCUCGUGACAAGACCGCACGGCUAUGGAAUGCGAAGACUGGGGAGCUGAUUGGCCAGCCAUUCGCCGAGCAUUCAGAUUAUGUGACCGCUGUGGCCUUCUCGCCCAACGACCGCUACCUUAUCUCCGGCUCAGACGACAAGACAAUCAGAGUGCGUACGCUAGGCAGGGGCGAUGCAUCGAUUGAACGACCAAACCACACGAAACAUGGCUUUCCCUGGCCUACAAACCCAUAUGACUUGUCCUCUCAUACUCAGUACCGCGGAUGGGUGACUCGGGAUCAGCAUUCGCUUGCCUUUUGGCUCCCACCGUACGACCAAGAGCCCGGUCAGUUCCUGAGUCGCAGCGCGGAUGAUCCAUACCCACAGACGUUCAUCGACUAUUCGAACUUUGUGCGUGGGACUGAAUGGACCAACGUCGCAUCUGAAGCCAUUCGUAGUCGCCCUGACUGA